AUGGCAGCCAGUAGAGCGGCACAGAAGAGGGUAACAGCUACCGAUUUCCCUUCCGCAGGAUUCAUGAUACUGACCGUCAUACAGUUGACACGCGAGUACAAGACCAUCGCCGAGAACCCUCCACCAUACAUCGAAGCACACCCCUCCGAGUCCAAUAUCCUCGAGUGGCACUAUAUCAUCACUGGUCCCGAGAACACACCGUACCAUGGUGGCCAGUACUGGGGUACUCUCGUCUUCCCUCCGAAUUACCCCUUCGCGCCCCCGGCCAUCCGAAUGCACACUCCUUCCGGUCGCUUUCAGCCAUCCAGCCGCCUCUGCCUCUCCAUCUCCGAUUUCCACCCCAAGUCAUUCAACCCUGCCUGGGAGGUCUCCACCAUUCUGAUCGGCUUGCUUUCUUUCAUGACCAGUGAGGAGAUGACUACAGGCUCCGUCUCCAGCACAGAGGUCGAGAGAAAGAUGCUAGCAGCGCGGACCAAGUGGUGGAACUCGACCGGCGGAGGAUCCAAUGCAAAGUCGACCGUGGCAACAAAGGGUAACGUCAAGGCUGGUGACGGCGGCGCCAAGUUCCGCACCGAAUGGCCUGACGUCGACAAGUCCAACUGGGAGUGGAUGAAGGAGAUCAAAAUCGACCUAGCGACAGGUAACAGGACCGGAGCGGCAGCAGGGGCCUCGUGCGGGCCCCAACUCGGCAUCGGUAACGGCAGCGGCCAUCAAGCACAGGCUGUUGUCGAUGCUGUUGUGCAACAACGGGAUGCGAGCCGAGGCUGGCUAAACCAGAACAAGUUGCUCGUCGCCGGAGGUGUCGUAUUCUUUUACGUCCUGCUUGCGAGGAUCCUGGGUGCCAGCGAUAACUAA